UGGAGCUGCCGUUUUGAACAGAAGCCGUUUUCAUUUUUACAAAACUAUCAAGCACUAUGGAUAAAAAUCAGAAUGCUAUGAUCAUGCCAAAGAAGCUGCGUAAGGUGAGCUCUUCAUACUUAAACAAGCUGAAGAUGAUGAAUAAAAGUUUGAAUGAAAAUUAUGAGGCGUUAUUGAAAGUCGUUGCAGUUGAUAAGGAAGAGGAAGCAAUUGUCAUUCUUCGGGAAGUGGAUGCCCAACUCCAAAAGCUCAAAACUCUUUUGGAAAAGGAGAGGAUGAAAGAAAGUACUCACCCAAAGCUAUAGGUGGUCAUUCUUCAUUUGAUAUGUAACCAUCAUAUAUUUGUAUGAUUGCUGAACUGAAAUAAAUUUGAAAAUAUUA